UUGCGUGGGUGCGAUAACGAGCUUGUAUGUCGAUUGUUCGCGUACGGAGUGUAUGGACGAGAAAGCGAAUGCUUCGAGUGGAACAGCUUGGAAUGGCCUCCUUCUAAGCAGAGCGAAAUUAAAACAAUCGAGCAACACGUCUGCGCUUCUGUCAGGAUUCGCAAUGGUUGCCAUGGUCGAAGCCGACUUACCCAGUCACAUCUCCACCGACUUGCUGGUCGCUUUUGCCGUGACGACGACAAUUCUCAUUGCUGUACACCUAUUUGCUCUGAUGGUCAGCACUUGCAUUCUGCCACACAUUGAUGCUGUUGCAACUCGGAGGCAUUCACCCGAGAGUGGCGCGAUCGUAGCAUCACCGCAUAAGCAAAUUCGGAAAUACAUUGAAAUAGCGUGGAUUUUCUCGACUUGCAUUGGAAUCGUGUUGUUUCUCCUCGAGCUCGCCAUCAUAUGUUGGAUCAAGUUUGCUGACGUUUCACCAGACAAGGUGAAAAUAACGGGAAACGUGAACAACAGCUCAUCGGUUGACUUGGAUAGCACGGAAGUACUUGAGCACGGUGACGGUCGUUGGAUCGCUGCUCUCGUUGCAAACCUGAUCAUAGCAUUUGUUGUUGUUAUAUUCCUACUGUUUGCGGCUCGUUUCUAUCAUUACAUCGUACUGCACAAGUAUGAGGUGUCGUCGAAGGCUAUUGCAGAGCUACAGCAGCUAACGCAUAAUCUGGACCAGACGAACAAUGAUGGCAAACAGAGAGCGACGGCGACCGCCAGUGUGAAACCGUACGUACACAUCGCACAUACCAAUAUCAUGUCUGACGAUUUAGACUCGGAGUCGAGUUCGUAUCACGAAGCGAAGUCGACAAUGGAAGAAACCGGUGUCUAGCUACUACAGUCUGCACAGCAUGUAGGCAGACAGUGUAGGAAGCAAUAGUUGCAAUAGAUACGUAACAUUGUAUCUGUACUGUAGAUAAAUGUAUGAUUUGUGUAUUUAUGUGUGCAUAUACGUAUGUAUGUAUGAAUAUCAUGGAUAUCAUGUUGUAUGCACAGAGGA